AUGGUAAAUGGUGAAGAAUAUGUAGAGACUCCAAAUUUAAUACAUGAUGAAGAAACUAGAAAAGAUGUAAAAUUCAAUUUAGGAAUUGAAUUAUUAGCGGGUACACUAGCGGGUGUAUCAUCUUGUAUUUUAUUUUAUCCAUUAGAAUGUGUAGAAGCGAAACUCCAAGUACAAUCAUCUUCAACAGCAGUAGCGGCAACAAUGUUAGGUUUAAAAAAGAAUGGUGGUAGUGGUAGUGGUAGUAGUAGUAGUAGUAGUAUAAGUCAUCAAACACCAAAUGGACCAAUAGCAAUGGCAAAAAGUAUAUUAAGAAAUGAAGGAUUUAAAGGAUUUUAUCAAGGCGUAAGUCCAACUAUAUUAGGUAAUGCAGUUAAUUGGGGUGUUUAUUUCUCAAUCUAUAGAGCAACUAAUCAUUGGUGGAAUUCAACCGAUAUCAAUGGAAAUCAAUAUCAAGGUCCUGCUUGGGUUGGUCAUUCAGUAUCUGCUAUUACGGCCGGUGUAAUUACAACGGCAAUUGUUAAUCCAUUUUGGGUGUUAAAAAUUCGUUUAGCAACCUCAAAGAAAUAUUCAGGUAUGAAGCAUGCAUUCCAAUCAAUUCUAAGAUCUGAAGGAGUUGGUGGUUUUUGGAAAGGUGUUGGUGUUUCAUUUAUUGGUGUAUCUGAAGGCUUAUUUCAAUUUGUAUCUUAUGAAUAUAUUUUAAAUCAAAUGAAAGAAUCAAAUUUAAAAAUGAAUGGUGGUGAAUUAUCAGUUGGAAAUUAUUUAUUUGCAGGUGGUACAGCAAGAUUAAUUGCAGGCGUUUUAACUUAUCCAUAUCUAUUAAUUAGAUCAUCACUUCAAUCUGAAACAUGUCCAUAUAAAUCAAUGUCUGAAGCAGUUAAAGGAAUUUAUAAAACCAAUGGUAUUAAAGGAUUUUAUAAAGGAAUUGGUCCAAAUUUAGCACGUUCAAUACCACCAGCUGCAUUCAUGUUAUAUAUUGUUGAAUUCUUUAGAGAUACUUUAACAAAUUUCUCUCAAUAA